GGCGGCUCCGGUUACCGCCGCCUCAGUCCCCGCGCCGAGGCUGCGCCGCCAGCUGCCCGCGCCGCGCCCCCCGCGCCGCCGCCAGCCCCGCCGCGACAUGGCCUGCGCCGCCCCGCGGCGGCCCGAGACCCCGGAGCGCGGCGCAGCCGGCCGCUGAGAGCGGCCCCGAGGCGGCAGGCCCCGCCGGGCCCCGGAGCCAGCACCCGCCGCGGCCCGGCUCCCCGGGCCGGCUCCCUGCGCCCCGCCUGCACCCUGCCGCCGCCCGCCCAGAGCAUGGAGACGGCGGAGAAGGAGUGCGGCGCCCUGGGCGGGCUCUUCCAAGCCAUCGUCAACGAUAUGAAGAGCUCCUACCCCAUCUGGGAAGACUUCAACUCCAAGGCCACGAAGCUGCAUUCCCAGCUGAGGACCACUGUGCUGGCUGCUGUGGCCUUCUUGGACGCCUUCCAGAAAGUGGCUGACAUGGCUACCAACACCCGAGGGGCCACACGGGACAUCGGCUCCGCACUCACGCGUAUGUGCAUGCGCCAUCGCAGCAUCGAGACCAAGCUGCGGCAGUUCACCAAUGCCCUGCUGGAGAGCCUCAUCAACCCACUGCAGGAGCGCAUCGAGGACUGGAAGAAGUCAGUCAACCAGCUGGACAAGGACCACGCGAAGGAGUACAAACGCGCCCGGCAUGAGAUCAAAAAGAAGUCUUCAGACACACUGAAGCUGCAGAAGAAAGCGCGCAAAGGGAAAGGAGACCUGCAGCCCCAGCUGGACAGCGCCCUCCAGGACGUCAACGACAUGUACCUGCUGCUGGAGGAGACCGAGAAGCAGGCGGUGCGCCGGGCCCUGAUCGAGGAGCGCGGCCGCUUCUGCACCUUCAUCACCUUCCUGCAGCCUGUGGUGAACGGCGAGCUGACCAUGCUGGGAGAGAUCACCCACCUGCAGGGCAUCAUCGACGACCUGGUGGUGCUGACCGCAGAGCCCCACAAGCUGCCCCCCGCCAGCGAGCAGGUGAUCAAGGACCUGAAGGGCUCGGACUACAGCUGGUCCUACCAGACCCCACCCUCGUCACCCAGCAGCUCCAGCUCCCGGAAGUCCAGCAUGUGCAGCGCCCCCAGCAGCAGUGGCAGUGCCAAGGGUGGCGGAGCCCCGUGGCCUGGGGGCGCCCAAACAUACUCACCCAGUUCCACCUGUCGCCACCGCAGCCUGGCACAGCCAGCUUCCGCCACCGCCCGCCUCUCCAGCAUCUCCUCCCACGACUCUGGCUUCAUCUCUCAGGACGCCACCUACUCCAAGCCUCCCUCGCCCAUGCCUGCAGACAUCACCAGCCAGAAGUCCUCCAGCUCUGCCUCCUCCGAGGCCUCGGAAACCUGCCAGUCGGUUAGCGAGUGCAGCUCUCCCACCUCGGACUGGGCCAAGACCGGCUCCCACGAGCAGCCCUCCACCCUGCAGCGGAGGAAGGACCGUGUGGAGCUCCUCCGGGACACGGAGCCGGGCCUGGCCAGCGGGGGCACCCCGGGCCCCAGCGGAGAGGAAACUGCACGACCCCGCAUGUCCCCGGCCACGAUCGCAGCCAAGCACGGUGAGGAGGUGUCGCCCGCAGCCAGCGACCUGGCCAUGGUGCUGACACGCGGCCUGAGCCUUGAGCACCAGAAGAGCAGCCGGGACUCACUGCAGUUCUCCAGCGGCUACAGCACGCAGACCACCACGCCCUCCUGCUCCGAGGACACGAUACCCUCCCAAGGCUCCGACUACGACUGCUACUCGGUGAACGGGGACGCGGAUGGCGAGGGCCCCCCUGAGUUCGACAAGUCAUCCACCAUCCCCCGCAAUAGCAACAUCGCUCAGAACUACCGCCGCCUGAUCCAGACCAAGCGCCCAGCCUCCACCGCGGGGCUGCCCACCGCCGGGCUGCCCACCGCCUCGGGCGCACCCCCUGGCGUGGCCACCAUCCGCCGAACACCAUCCACCAAGCCCACCGUGCGCCGCGCCCUCUCCAGCGCUGGCCCCAUCCCCAUCCGGCCACCCAUCGUCCCUGUGAAGACACCCACAGUGCCAGACUCUCCCGGCUACAUGGGGCCCACUCGGGCAGGCAGCGAGGAGUGCGUCUUCUACAGCGACGAGGCUGCCUCGCCCCUGGCGCCGGACCUGGUGAAGGCCUCACCGAAGAGGCUGAGCCUGCCCAACACGGCCUGGGCCAGCCCAGCCCCCGAGCCUGCAGGCUACCCUGGGCCGGGCGCCGAGGACGAGGAGCAGCAGCAGCUGGCAGCCAACCGGCACAGCCUGGUGGAGAAGCUCGGGGAGCUGGUGGCAGGAGCUCACGCCCUGGGCGAAGGCCAGUUCCCGUUCCCCACCACCCUGUCGGCCACUCCUGCCGAGGAGACGCCCGCCCCACCCCCAGCAGCCACCAGCGACCCCCCAACUGAAGACAUGCUGGUGGCCAUCAGGCGUGGGGUGCGGCUCCGCAGGACCGUCACCAACGACAGGUCGGCACCUCGCAUCUUGUGAUGGCGCCACCCUCCCACCUUCUGGCCAAGUGCCAGGCAAGUAGCCUGGCUAGCCUGGCUGGUGAGCAGUGGCCACUCAGAGUGAAGGCACAGCCAGGAGAGGGCAGAGCCAAGCAAGCUUUUUUUUUUUUUUUUUUUUUUUUUUUUAAGUCGCACGAGGCAAAGCCACUUUAUGGAAAGAAACACGCAGCUUGGACUUCAGCAUUUAAACAGGAAGUGACUUCUUUAACAAACCUCGCCAUAAUGGAGCCUGCAGGCCUUGACCUGGAUUUGGAGCCUCUUUUAUACUCUCCUAGCCUAUACUCUGUCCCUCCUCUUCCUCCCUGCAGGCCUUGCCUUCCCCCAUCUCAGUGAGCCCCCUAGCCGCUCCCCCACCCACUGCGGAGGGGCGGGACCGGCUCUCUGCCCCGCCCCCCGGCAUGGGCCCGCAGCUCCGCCCACUCGGCGGGCUGUGACCAGGGGCUGGCGCGGCGUCUUGGGCCUUUCGGGACUGAGCCUUUUGUCCCUCCCCCCCCACACCCCCGUCUCUGCGUCACCCAUGCUCCUCUCCAUCUGGGAGGCAGGGUGGCUGGGAGGAGGGAGGGCAGGGGCCAGGUGCCCCGUCGGCAAAGGUAGCAGAUUUUGACAAUGUGUGCAGAGUGACUGGUGGUUGUGGGGGCAGGUGAAGGUGGGAGGGGGGACCCCCGCGGCCUAGGGCCCCAGUACAGGGAGCCUGCCUGGAGGAGGCUGGAGACUCCAAGGCAGCUUCUCCUGCCCUGUGAAGUGCGCCUGGGGCGGAGGUCAGGGUGGGACAGCAGGGAUGGCGUCCAGAGGCCCCGGGGUCAUGGGCCCAGACCCCCAGGAGCUGCUUUCAGAUGUCUGGUCCUCGUUUGGGUACAAGGCUGAUUCUGGUGUCACUUUGCUCUCAGUUUCGGCCACAUUUGGGUGUGGGGGCUGGAGCCACAGGGGGUGUGGGGGUUAUUGUAUGAGCAUAAUAAAAUGGAGCUGACUGGACCAGGGCUGUGCGUGGGGACAGGGUGGACAAUACAGGGUGUGUCCAAGAGUGCCUGAAGGAGCCGGCGCAAGGGGGGACCCAUAGUGGUCUGUGGGCUUAUGGCAGGGGGAGAAGGACCAAUGGGCUCCCCAAAAGCCGAGGAACGGCCGUUCUCCAGCCUCUGGAGCAAAGCCAAAUCAAGGGCUUUCGGCCCAUCUGGGUGUUGGGGGUGGGGGGCCUUCUGGCCAGGUCAGGCUGAGGGCAAGUCCGGGAAGAUUGGCUUUGACUCUCUGUUGCCAGAGGAGAUGCCAUCCCAGGACGCCUCUCGCCCGCAGCGCUAGCCCCUGAGGACAGUGAGGGCAGGGCAGGGCCGGCUGCAGGUCCCCCCCCCCCCCCCUGAGCUCCAAGUUGUGCCAACUCCAAGCAGGUCAAAGCAGGCUCACCUCCGCGGAGCAGAGCUUCCUGAGGCACUACAGGCCAGCAGAGAGCUGGGCUCAAAGGGGGGCAGGGGCCCCUGGAGUCAGGAGAACAGGCUUUUCCUGGUCAGGAUGCAGCGCAGUUAGUCUGAGUCUCCCUGCAGCGAGUCUUGGCAGUUGUUGUGCGGGAGCUGGGACCUGGAUGGGGCUGGGGAACCCAGGGUGCCCCUGGGUGGGCGGAGCCCCGGGCUCCCCCAGGGCGGUGGAGAACGGUACCUGUAAGUCGUUAGGUCUGAGGACAACCUUGCUGAGUGCUCCGGUCAGCCCCAGAGCCCAGGAUGGGGCACCUGGAGGGGCCCGGGCAAAGGAGGGCCUGAAGGAGCCAUAGAGCAGGUGGCCAGUGUGGGCUGUCCCGGGGCGGGGCUUACACUGCCCCUCCCUUGGGGCCGCGCCAGGCGUUGCCCAGGUGGGCCGAUGGAGUAGGAUGCAGGAUGUGUGAUGUGAGCAGGGCAUGCGCAGUGGGGUGGAGUUGCGGCUUGGUCCCUGCGUCCCAGAGAAGAGUUUGCUUCCCGGGCACAGGGGUGGCUUCGCAGGUGCAGGGAGGUUGUACCCCCUCCUCGCUCACCCCCUUCCGCUGUGAACCACCCCAGGGCUGUACAUAACCCUCCAUCCCCUGCCCAUCUCUCAUCCACUUAGUGACCACCUCGUAGCACCUGGCCCCCGGGAUCCGAGCCAACCAUCCCGCAUCACAGACUUUGGUUUGGGGGACUUCUUUACAUUUGUUUUAUUUUUCAUUUUGUACAGAGACAUAUUCUUUUCAAAGUCUUUUGACUAAAGUAACUUUUCUGGUGCUGUUGUUAACUUGUUCCUUCUGUUAAUUUAUUUCCCCACCCCAGGCCUCCCCCCUCGUCGUCCCCGCUCACCCUCUCCUCCAGUCACCCACUCCGCAUCCCCCCACCUGAUGGAACCAUUUUGUUUCUUUUCUCUCUGUCGGUUUUUGGAUAAAUUAUCCUCCGCUCCUUCCCCUCCAGCCCACCCUGCCCUUGAUUUAAAUAGUCACUGCUACAAGUAACAAAUGCACUGUGAAGACCCCAGUAUUAAUAAAGUUGUACUGUAAUUAACA